AUGAUAAUCCGAGCCGUCCAGAAGGCUCCCUUAGCCUGCCCUCGAGGCCUCAACCACACAAGCCUUCGCCGUCCACCAUGGCUCCCCCAAAGCCCACGAGCUCCCAUUCGCAUCUUCCAGACGAGCGCCCCCUCGAGACGUGAACAACCGAAGAACCCCGCGACGACGAAGAUCGCAGAUGGCGUAGAGAAGGCGGCAGCGAAGCCUGCGCAGGCGAAGAAACCCGCCGCCGAUCCUCUCGCUACACCAGAGAAGAAUGCGCAGGAGCAGCGCAAGGCCGACUGGGCCAUCAUGAAGGAGAUGUCGAGAUACCUGUGGCCCAAGGACAGCCUGAGCACCAAGGUCAGAGUCGGACUUGCCGUCUCUCUACUGAUUGGCGCCAAGGUGCUCAACGUCCAGGUGCCCUUCUACUUCAAGAGUAUCGUCGACGCAAUGAACAUCGACUUCGGCGCCACCGGCGGUACCGCGGUGACCAUUGCGGGGAGCAUGAUCCUGGCGUACGGAGCAACGAGGAUAGGAGCCACCGUCUUUCAGGAACUGCGCAACGCGGUCUUUGCCUCGGUCGCCCAGAAGGCCAUCCGCAAGGUUGCCUGCAACGUGUUCGACCAUCUGCUGCGGCUGGACCUCAGCUUCCACCUGUCGAAGCAGACUGGUGGCUUGACGCGCGCGAUCGACCGCGGAACCAAGGGCAUCAGCUUCCUGCUCACGAGCAUGGUCUUCCACAUCAUCCCGACGGCUCUGGAAAUCUCAAUGGUUUGCGGUAUCCUGACAUGGCAGUACGGCGCAAAUUUCGCCGCCAUCACGGUGCUCACAAUGGUUGGAUACACGGCUUUUACCAUCUGGACGACGGCAUGGAGAACCAAGUUCAGGAGACAGGCCAAUGCCGCCGACAACAAGGCGUCUACGGUCGCCGUGGAUUCUCUGAUCAACUACGAGGCUGUCAAGUACUUCAACAACGAGAAAUUCGAGGUCGCGAGAUACGAUCAGGCCCUUCAGGCAUAUGAGAAGAGCUCCAUUAAGGUCGCCACGUCCUUGGCUCUCCUCAACAGCGGACAAAACAUCAUCUUCUCCUCGGCUCUGACUGCCAUGAUGUACCUUGCCGCAAACGGUGUCGCCCAGGGAAAUCUGACCGUUGGUGACUUGGUCAUGGUGAACCAGCUGGUCUUCCAGCUCUCAGUACCUCUCAACUUCCUUGGUUCCGUGUACCGUGAGCUGCGUCAGUCGCUUCUCGACAUGGAGACGUUGUUCAACCUGCAGAAGGUCAACGUCUCUAUCAAGGACGUCGCGGACGCCAAGCCCCUGGCCCUAUCCAAGGGCGGCGAGAUCAAAUUCGAGAACGUCACGUUCGGCUACCACCCUGACCGACCUAUCCUCCGCAACCUCUCCCUCACCAUUCCUGCCGGAAAGAAGGUCGCCGUCGUCGGCCCUAGCGGCUGCGGCAAGUCUACCCUGCUCCGUCUUCUCUUCCGCUCCUACGAUGUUCAAUCGGGUCACAUCUUCAUCGACGACCAGGAAAUUCGUCAGGUCCAAGUAGACUCUCUUCGCAGGUCCAUCGGUGUCGUUCCCCAAGACACUCCCCUCUUCAACGACACCAUCGAGCACAACAUCCGAUAUGGCGACAUGUCGGCGCCCCAAGAAAAGGUCAUCGCCGCCGCCCAACGCGCGCGUAUCCACGAGAUCAUCGAGCGCUUCCCCGACGGCUACCAGACAAAGGUCGGAGAGCGAGGCAUGAUGAUCUCCGGCGGCGAGAAGCAGCGUCUGGCUGUGAGCAGGUUGCUGCUGAAGGAUCCCCCCUUGCUCUUCUUCGACGAGGCGACGAGUGCUUUGGAUACCCAUACCGAGCAGGCGCUCAUGCUCAACAUCAACAGCAUUCUCCGCGAGAAGUCGCGGACCAGCGUGUUUGUUGCGCACAGAUUGCGUACCAUCUUCGACGCGGACCUCAUUAUCGUGCUCAGGGAGGGCAGCGUGGCAGAGAUGGGCACCCACAGGGAGCUGAUUGACCGGGGCGGAUUGUACGCUGAGCUUUGGAGUGCCCAGGAGACGUUGUUCAACGCGGACGGAGAACAAGUUGCGGAGGAGGAUGCCACCAAGAAGCCACUCACGGGUCGCUGA